AGCUGGGAGAUGUCUCAUUUUAAUCAGAAAUUUCCGGACUACAAUUGCACCUCAUUAAGAAAGCUUUUAGUUAUUCUCUAGAGUUUCUGGAAAACUGGUUUUCUAGGAAACUCAGUCUACCAAGGUCUAGAAGUAAAAGUCAUUGUCAUAUUCGGAUUCAGCACACCCGAUUACCUGUUGUCCAGUGGGUCUUAGCCUAAAAGCGAUUAGACAGGUGUCCUUUCCUCGUUAGUUUAAUCCUAAUCUUUCCAAUAUUGUCCCGUGUGAGCGCACUCAGUUUGUUAACUUAGUUUAAGAACUCAGUUUGGCUAUUUGCCAACUUGGUUAAGUUAACCACGUUUAUAGAACUCGGUUAAGGAUCCCCUAUUAAACAUAGAUCAAUCAAUGAUUAGCUACAUCUUCUACACAUGCGUUAUGACAACAGAAACAGAAUAACAGAAUAAGUCUCCUCAUCGUUUCACUCAGUCGACUUAAAGAAGAAUUUUUUGUAGGGAAAUAGAAUAAGCCUCUCUGAGUUUCACUCAGCCGGCUUAAUUAACUUUUUGCUUCCUGCUCACUCUGAGAUUUAACUCCAAGAAACUAAAAGUGAAGGACAAAAUAUUGCUAAUUCUUCUGACUCCUUCAAAAUUUGCAUAUCUACUUUCUGCUUCCAUUCUAUCACGAAUAGCUCGCUAUGUUAGAGGUAUUCUUAGAGAUUUUCACUUUCUUUGUCAGAGAGCUUCGCACGGCAUUCACAAUACCUCGCGUGCUGUCUAAUUAAUAUUGACAUCUUCUCAAGUGAUAAAAUAUAAUCAAAUAAGAAUUGAAAACCAGCAAAUUUAAUUAAUGAAACAGUAUGUUUUACCGCUACUUAUCUUUUAAUAAUAAAAAGAUCUGACAACUCUGUUCAAAAUAUGAUCAAGAAUACGUAGAUGUUAUCGAAUUUUUUUAUAGAAAUUGAUUAACAAUGAGAGUUAGAAAAGUCAAUAUAACUGGACAAUUUGAAUUAAUACUAACUACAUUAACAAUAUUAUUUUGGCAAUUUAUCGAUCGUUGAAUUUAUUAUAAAUAGUCAAAGAAAACAAUCAAAACGCUCAUCCUCUUAUGUGGUAAACAUACAUUUUUUCGUUACGCUACUCUAAACAAAUCGAGAUAAAUUUAUUUAAAUUGUUGUUUGUUUGUUUAUUUUUCUUUCAAUAUUUUCAGAAUGCGAGCAUUUACAUCAAUUCAAUUAUUGCAUGUAUAUAUAUUUCUAACGGAAUAUGAGUUUUUCCUUCAUAUUUUAUUAUAUUUUUCAAAGCCGUAUAAACACGCAUAAUUAUACUAUUACGGUGUUAUUCUUACAGUAGGAUAUGCCACAAUGUCAUUGAAAACAUGUUCUUCAUUUAUCUUUUUAUAUGAAAUUCAUAUAUGAAGUCACCGUUGUGUGAUAUUAAUAUGCGAUAGACACGUUCAUGGUUUACCUAAAUCCUAUCAGAAUCCAUUGCGUAUUUUCAUGCAAAUAGUGAAGAUUAUAGUAUUAUUAAUAAAAAAUUCUAAAUAGACUAAUUCCUUGCUGCACUUUGGUUACACAAUAUAAACACGUGAUUUUAUAAACGAGUGCACGUGCGAAGAGUUCAGAUACAGAAUUUGCAUUAGUUAGUUUAAAAAAUUCAUUUUUUCGAAUAUGUAAGAUUAAAAAGUAUCAAUAUCUAGUAGAAAUAUGAACUAAUCCAGAAAUCUAUUUUUAAUGAUUAAAAACCGAAGAAAACUGUGUGAUACGAUUCGCUCUCUCUCAAUCAAUGUUUAUAAUUCAAUAUUAUAUUACAUCAAGCUUCAAAAAUCUAUCUUCUAUUGCUGUAUAAAGUUCUCUAUCUUGUUCUUUUCAGGCCUAAACACAUAUUGAAUGCAUAGUCAUCAUAUUAACUAUAACCCUAGAAAAAAAUUCAUUUCCAUCAUCGUGUAACACGAAGAAAACAAUAUUUUUUCGCGGUCUUUAAUCACUACAUUUCAAUUAUAAAUAGCAAGAAAAGGCGAGCUAAUAUUGUUUUUUUGUUUUUUGUGACAUUUUUUUUUCACUAUCUUCAUAUUUUCCCUCAAAAACGCAUAGAUAGAUUGCUUAGAGAAAUCAGUCUUAAGAGAUUUCUUUUUUUUUUUCUUACCACAGUACGUCGCGUAUUUCUCUUUUUUCUUUUUAUUUCGCUAAGUUUUCUAAUUUGGAAGAGAAUUUUGAGAAAAUGUAGGAAACCUCCAGUCUAAAUUACUUUUUUUCUGAAUAAGAACGGGCAAACCACUUCUCUUUUUGUAUAUUAAUCAAUAUGAAUAUAGAUGCAGGAAUUUUUUUCUUCUCAUCUCAAUCCGUCCUAGUAUAGAUACACAAUUUACGUUAGUGUUUUUGAACACAUAGACACAGAAAAACAAAGAACAAAUCUACCAUCUUUAGAUUUCUACUUAAGCAGUAUUAAUUUGUGUUUUUUGUUUAACAAACACUUUUUGACAGAUGCUGCAAACAAUCGCUCUCUUCCUUCUUAUACUGGGUAAGUUGAAAUCAGCUGAGUAUGAAAAAAAAACAUAUGGUUACUUACUGUUGUAUAUACAUCUCACGACAAAUACUUCAAGAAAGGAUUUAGAAUAAAAAUAAUCUGCAAUAAAACCUCUUAUAGAAUAUCUCUAUACUAAGAGAAUUGAAUAUUCUAGUUUUAGCGUAUUUACCAUCAACCAUAAACGGUGAUAUUCAAGGCGAAAGCUCUACGACUCCACAUGCGGUAGGGGCUGAAUUACCCCCAGCUGCAGAUGGAGAGAAUCAACGACAAUUAAAACAAGCUGAAAUUAUCAAUGAUUUAAAUGCAACUUCUCCAACAAUCACAGUACUAGAUUCUCCAACAGAAUCGACACCUGCAGCUUUUAGUUGUAAAAAGUGCCACGAUUGUGUAAAACAUAUGAGAGCAAAAGAUAUGGAACAGGAAGUUUGUGGUGAAGGUGUUAAACUUUGCUAUAUAAAGGAGACACGCGGUGGGAAUAAUACGGUAAGGAUUGACCGUGGUUGCGCUUCAGCAAAAGUUGCAUGCCUCCCGAGUGAAGAAAGUGUUUAG